AUGCUCAAAUUCAGAAAAGCUGGUAGAGGCCAAGCUAGUAGAGGUAGAGGCAGAGGGUGUGGUGUUGCAGCAGGUAUUCAGGCACCUGGGAUUGUUGCUUUGCAGACUAGUCUGGUUCAGUUGGAAGCGGGGCAAGCCGCUAUGCAAGAUCAGUACGUAGUUUUGGGUCAGAUUGUGCAGCAGCAAGUACCACAGGCUGGUGGUGCAGCUGCAAGUGGUGUUGGGAUUUCUAACAGGGAGUUGGUGUUGGCUUAUAAGAGGAUGAAGCCGACUGAGUUCGAUGGAUCAGGUGACGCGCUGGAUUUUCUUGAGGAAGUCGAGCAGAAUGCUUGUAGACUUCAGGGUUCAGCUGGUGAUUGGUUUCGCAGGGUUAUUCACCCUGAAAUUGAUGCUAUUACUUGGGAUAGUUUUGUGAUGAGAUUUAGAGAUUUCUACUUGCCUUUACCGGUGAUUGAAGGUCACAAAGACAAAUUGGUGGAUUUGAAAAGAGGAGAUAGGUUGGUACAAGAGUCUACGACCGAGUUUGUCAGGCUUAGUCGCUUUGCCCCGGAGCUGCAGACCGAGCAGUUAAGGGUGAACGACAGAUACAUGAAGGGUUUAGGCCCUGAGUUUGUUACUCUUCUAACUGAGACACGCAGAGACUUUACUGAUUUGGUCGACAGUGCUCGUUGUAUGGAGAGCACACUGUUGCAUUUCGGGAAAAUGCCUGAAGCCAAGAAGGUGGGCAAUCUUGUUCACAGUAGUGGACAACAAGAUGGUAGUAGCAACAGUCAUUCCAAGUCCUCACAGUUUAAGAGUAAUGACAGGAGAGGGUACCAGCCGCACUCGCAUAGUGCUAGUCACAGUGGUAGCAACCGUAGUUCUAGGAAUGGAAACAGUGGAGUUUCCAGUGUUCCUUUUUGCCAGACCUGCAGACGCGGGCAUUUUGGGGUUUGUUUAGUAGCACCAGGUAGUUGUUAUGCUUGUGGCCAACCAGGCCAUUUUCCUAGACAGUGUCCGGCAUCUGGGCAGCAGGUGUCAUCGGCUAGUAUGGCACAUCCGUCGUUUCAACAGUAG